AUGUGGACGAAUCCACACGGAGCCAAUCUAUUGCAUUUGCUUUGUCGCACAGUGAAAUGUGACGAGCGACAUGGAGGUGAUGACAUCGCUACCGUACUCUGCAAUUUCGCACCUUCCUUGCUAACCGGUCGCGACAGUUACAAUCGGUUGCCCAUCCAUGACGCGGUUGAUAAAGGCCAAGUAUGCCGCGUAUACCGUUUGCUUACAUUUCACUCUCCUGUUAAUGUGGUCGACCGCCAUGGUAACACUCCUCUGUCAUUGGCCUACAUGAAGAACCACGCUAAAAUGGUGCGCAUCUUAUUGCAAGGCGGCGCCUAUUUUUGGCCUCUGGAGAACUCGGAAAAAAGGAAACCUGAGAAUCUGAGGAAGCGACGUGCAUUUGAUGUUUUGACGAAACAUUCACGAAUUUUUUCCUCACAGCUAGUACGAGCACGUAGGAAGGUGUACAGACUACUGACGGAAGUUCGCUCGGCAUCACCUUGUUUCACCGCUCCGUUUGCAGAUGGCCCCGAAUUUGUGUUCAAUUAUCAUCACAAUCCAGUCCCUUUUCCCGAUAAUGGAGGUCAAUAUGGGCACAUCCUUUUCUUGCACGUCUGCAGUAUAAGACCGGAAGGAGGAGUUAUGCAAGUAAGAUGUUGGGGAGGAUUACGGCUUGCGCAAGCUCCUCAGCAUAACAAUAAACCUCUAGAGCCAACCAGUUUCACUGAGCGAGGUGAUCACAUGAUGUUCUUCAUAUGCCCCGUGAAUGGUGCCAACACCAUCCAAAUUAAAAUCAGCGAGUUUGAAUUGCCAAAGAAGCUUAUUCUUGCCGCACAGGUGGUUCUAGUGAGACGUGCCGUGCGCGAGAAUUCAUCCCACGCCUAUCAUCCUCCUCUUGAGCAAGCACCAAUGGUGGGACCAUUUUUGUGA